AGAAGCACAGGCUUGGCACUACUAACUUCAACAGGAGCCAAAAUGCAAGAAAUCACCAAGAUGUUUAUACUGCAUGGACUUCACAUAUUCUACCUCCUUGUAUUUCAUUUGGCUGCCUGCCAGCAUACAGAGGAACUGCAUCUAAGUGGACCUCUGCAAGACAUGACUUUCAGUGUUCAAGAAGGUACAAUUGGAUUUCAGUACCUAUACCAGUUCAUAAUAGAGCCGCCUGCUGAUAGUCUGAGACUAAGUGGUGAAACAGAUGGCAUCUUUGAAAUCGGACCAAAGCAAGGAAUUUUGUAUUUCAAUAAGACUUUAGACAGAGAAACCAAAGCAGUCUAUAAGUUACAGGUGAAUGCCGUAGAUGCAAAGGGAGAGAAAGUAAAAGGUCCCUACAUUAUCACUGUAAAUGUUCAGGAUAUCAAUGAUAACCAGCCGCAGUUUGACCAGCUAAAGUAUUUUGGAGUAGUGAGGCCACUACCUUCACGUGCAGGCAAACCUUUCAUGUAUGUGCAUGCUACUGACCUUGAUGAUCCUACAACUCCCAAUGCACAGCUGAGUUACAGCAUUUUCCAGCAUUUUCCUAACCCCUAUAAUGUGAUGCUUUUUGAGAUCAAUAAUAAAACUGGAGGAAUCGCUACUAGUCCUCAAGGAGCUCGUCUUUUAGAUCCCCAGAAGCAGGAUCAUUUCACCCUUGUUGUCACAGUGAAGGAUUUGGCAGGAAUGACGGGGAAUGCUUUCACCAAUAAUGCUGAUGUGGAAAUCACUGUGAAGGAGAACCUUUGGAAGGCACCUCCUCCAGUACAUAUCAGAGAGAACUAUCUUGGUCCCUAUCCCAUCAACAUCACUCAGGUACAGUGGAAUGAUCCAGAUGCAAAAUAUGAACUUCUUCCAAAAGAGAGGUUGCCCAGGUUCCCAUUUACGAUCAAUAAGAAUGGGACUAUUUAUGUGACUGAACCAUUGGACAGGGAAGAAAAGGAUUUUUAUACCUUCUAUGCAACUGCAAAAGAUGAACAAGGAGAAAUACUAGACAAGCCUUUGGAAAUUCAAAUUGUGGUGGAAGAUGUUAAUGAUAAUCCACCUGUGUGCCAGAAAGCUUUAACCAUAUUUGAAGUUCAGGAGAAUGAAAAUGUAGGAAGUAUUAUUGGAACUCUGGAAGCUUCAGACAUGGAUCAACAAGGCACUCUUAAUUCUCGCUUGCAAUUCCAUAUUGUGGAUCAGAACCCCAAAAUUCCUGUAGAUAAAUUAUUCAUUGUUCAGCAAGAAGCUGGGACAUUCCAGUUAAGGAGCUCUUCAUUAAACAAGCACGUAGUUUCUAACUAUACCCUGAAAGUGGAAGUAACAGAUGCAGGAUUUAAAACAGAGUGUGAUGUGCAAAUAAAUAUCAUUGACAUCAAUGAUCAGAUUCCCAUCUUUGAAAAAUCAGAUUAUGGUAAUGUGACUAUUCCAGAAGAUACUCCAAUAGGAAAUGUAAUACAAGAAAUUCAAGCUACUGAUGUAGAUGAACCAUUCACUGGAAGCUCUCAAAUCAUUUACCAGAUUGAAGAGGGGGACCCAGGAAAAAUUUUCUUCAUAGAGACAGACCCCAAAACAAAUAGAGGAUUCAUCAAGAUUCAAAAGGCUCUCGAUUUUGAAAAAUCUCCAGUGUAUAACCUUACAAUCAAGGCCACAAACCCUGAACCUCUGGUGUCUGGAGUACAGUAUCGGUCAAACUCUACUGCCUAUUUCAGAGUUAUUGUGACUGAUGUGAAUGAACCACCGGUUUUCAGGCAGCUUACUUAUAUAACAGCUGUAUAUGAAGAUACUCCUGUAAACACCUGGGUAAUGAAAGCAGAGGCAUAUGAUCCUGAGGGGGAUGAAAUAAGAUAUACCUUAAAGAACAAUAACAGGAAGUGGCUACGAAUUGAUGAAAUCUCUGGAGACAUAUAUAUUGCUUCACAUUUGGAUCGAGAAACAGAACGUGCAUACAGAGUAGAGGUCACUGCAAUACAGACAAGUAAAGAAUCUCAGAGCUCCACAGCGAUCUUCAUACUACACAUAAGAGACGUGAAUGAUAAUGCUCCCCGCUUAGCUAAGAAUUAUUCUCUAUUCUUCUGCCAUCCACUCAGUGGAGGAGAACAUGCACAGAUUGAAGCUACUGAUGACGAUGAACAUGAUCCAGAGUUCACUUUUUCUAUUGAGGGUGAUGAAAAUAUAAAAAGGAACUGGGGGAUCUCUAGAAUCAAUGGUACCCAUGUUUACCUUUACCCAAAGAGCACUGAUCUAGAGGCAAAAAUGCAUAACAUCCCACUAAAAAUUAAGGACAAGGGAGAACCACCAUUGGAAAGAAACCUGAAUCUCCAAGUAAACAUCUGCAGGUGUACAGAUGCCAGGACAUGUUUUAUUGAAUUAGCACACAAUUCACAGUCACCGUCAGUCGGCAUGGCGGUUGGUAUCCUUCUUGCAGUAGCGAUAGUCGUUGGUGGGAUUUUAGGGGGUGUAUUCUUCCACUUGAACCGCAAGAAAAAGAAGGAAAGAAAAGAAGCAGACCAGAAUGCAAAAUAUCCAGCUGAAAUGAUAGCACUGACGUCAUAACUGGAAAUACAUUUUAUAACUAGUUUUUGCAUAAAUGUGUUUUUAGAAACUUCUGACACAGGUAAAUGUAGUUUCCUCCAAUCCUCCUCCCCCCACACCUCCUUUCUUGGUUAAUAAUAUUCAGUUUUACAAAAGCAAAACCAUAUGUUAAGUACACAGGUAACUAUUAACACAUGUCUUUCCAGGGGGUAUAAGACAUGAUGAUGUCAAAGGCUGUGAGCUUGAAAAGAGUUAUGGACAGAAACAUUCCUGUUUGCAUGGCACAUCUUGGUAAAUGCCAACUUAAAAUAAUGACCAUUCUAUAUUUUAGAGUGGCUACCUUCUUCCACAACUCUCUUCACAGUGGCUAACAGAAUGACAAGCAAUGUAUUCAGAGUAUAAGAAAAUGAAGUCCUAAAUUAGACUUGGGAGUCUCUCACAGAGUGGGAGGGAUCUGCUGAUCAUCAGUUUAAUUGCUCCCAAAAACUGGCCUAGAAAUAUUCUGACUCACAGCAUACAUGCUUAUGCUUGUGAAUGCAUAACAACAAUAUAUUAAGCUUAAAUUUGGUGAAGCAGAAGGUGUUUAAAUUUUCCCUUCACUGUCUGUGUCAAGUGGCCACCGUUGCCACCAUUAAUAAAUACUUUUUUUAAACAAUAAAGAACAUGAGACAGUGGGAUAUCAUCUUCUUUGUAGAAUAUUGUAAAUAAUUGCUUGCCCUGUGCAUACUGCAAAGCUAUAGAACAUUCUCUCAGCAGAUUUGUUGGUGGUCCAUAAAAAAAGAAACAGCAAACUAUUGCUGCUAGCUAUUUUAGGGUUUAAUGCAAUAUUUUGCAUAAAGGAUAUCUGCAAUGGCAACUUUUCACAAGUUAGUGUGAAUUUACAACUGUUUUGAUCAAGAUUUGGAAAUUGUACAUUGAAAUCUUUCCAGGGGGGCUAUUGAAUAUUACUGUGCCUGCAGUGACUUGCAUUGGACCCCUGAGACAUUCUCUGGAAAGAAAAUAUAUUUUGUUUAGAAGCUUGCUUAUAGUAGGGCAUCAUUUGGCAAUAAACUGAUAAGGAUUGUUUCAAAAGGACUAAAAACUUACAAAUAUUCCACUGAAUUUGAAGGAAUGUAUAUUUUUAAAGGAGUUAGGAAAAACAAGUUCGUACAAGAAUGAAGAAUAAGUAUUUAGAAAGCUGGAAAGAAAGGACUAGAACAUUUUCUCAGUAACAUUGCAUUAAAGUAUGUUUCCUAGAGUGUUGCCAGCAAAAACUUUGCUUUUGGCCUUCAACCAUUCAGUAUAAUUGUCAGAUGUCUCACCACAUCUUGUUGUCCAGCUGUUGAAGACAGCUGUUGGAGAGGCUUUUUUGUGGGGUUAUCUCAUCUGCUGGAAUGUAUUUGUUUGUGUGAGAACAUCAACCAAUUAUAUUCAGAAACUGUGAUAUUACAUUACGUCAGUGUCCAGAACUUGAAAUCAGUACAUAUUUAUAAAUCAUAAAUAAAAUAAAUCAGUAGGAACUAAAGGCCAAGAUCCAUUGUACUUUUAUGUACCAAUAGAGUUUUGUACAUUCCUUGUUUUGAAAUAGAAGUGCCAUUUUGUUUGAACUUCUGACUGCUUUAAUUUCAUUCAAAACUGCUCUCUACCCUAUUUUGGACACAUUUUUUUGUAGGAAGUAAGUAUAUCCUAUGGGUCACCUACACUCAUCCACCCUAGGAAGUACUACUGAGUUAGACAUCAGGGGCUCAUUUCAUCAGCUCUGUGAGAGAGCUCUCAAUCCAUCCUACGGAGGCAUUGCCUCAGUUUUCGCACCCACUCUAGGUAAUUUAUCUUGUGCUCUGCAUACUUUGCCUUGGAGCUCUGGGUAGGUUAACUAUAUCCUAAACUAAGAAGUCCACCAGUUCCAGAGCUAGGAAAAUAAAAUAAUGCUAUUUCAUAUCUUAACUUUGCAGUGCAGGAACUUCACAAAGACUUUUGCUCUUUCUAGACUGUUUGGCCUGUUCCUAGGUUUUUGGGACUUCAUCUUACUCUGCUUGUAGCAAGUGCUCAGACUUCUUGCUGAUAGGGUUCUAAAAGGUGUAUUUUGCAUUUGGUGGCAGGUAUUUCAGUAAAUAUACUUCAACGUGGCACCAGGAAAACACAGAAGAGCCUUGACCUUCUUGCUACCUCUUCCUCCAGUGCUGAAGCCCAAAUCAAUUAAGUGGCCAACAUCAGCCUCCAACAUGCUCACAUCCUUCCUUCUUCCAGGCUUCUACUUUCACUUGUCCGCUUGCCUUCUCACUAGUCCAUCCUCUCCGGCUUCCCUAAUGGCUCUCUUUUUACCAUGACUGCAAGGCUUCACUCAGUCUAGUCCCAGUCAGCAGGCUUCUGCUCUUCAUGUCUCCCCUGACAGAAAAUAGGGCCUAUUCUGUUUGGAUCUGUAGUAAGGAAAGCAAGCAAUCUGUAUUACUCUUUUUCUGCAGCAUGCUUUACUGCCACCCUAUAGUCUCCAGGUUCUUCUUGGAAUUAGCACGGUGAUCAGAAUUUCCCGCUUUUCAGGGACAGACAAUAGUGUAACUGAGGGGAUGCAAAUGGAGAAACAGUCCCUGGUGCCAUUUUUUGGGGGGGAAAUGCAGAAAUAGCCAUCACUGCAGGAGUAGCUAACCAUACGGCGGCUAUUGGCAUCGCGGCAGUUUGAUGGUGCCCUCUGAGUCACAGCUGCUCUGUUCCACCUCUGGGGUCAAAGGUUGGCCUCAUGCACAUAAUUCCUUAUUGAAUUCUACUAAAGUCAAUGCUCUGUUGACAUUUAUUGACUUCUGCUAGCAGUUUUACCUCUCAAGAUAGAGUUUGAUUGAACCUUCACAAUAGAUCACAUAUAAGCAGCACUGUAAAGACUGAAAAGAAAAUGUAGGCCAAAUAUACAGAGCUUGGUUGUCUGAAGUUAACCACCUUACAACCUUAUUCACAUACAUAAUCUUUAAAAUGUUGUCCUAAAUUCACUUUUUAGCCAUGAGCAACAGGCAUAUCACAACCCCGCUCCUAUCACAAACAAUAAUGAAUGAAUGAAUCAGCUACUCUGUAACUAUUAAAACAUGAGACUCAGAGCUGUUAACAGAGGACAAUUAGAAGAACCUGGUAGUGAUAUUAAAAUACAUCCGCACCUUGCAUAGCAAUUUAUAGGAGACCUCGGAUAACUGGAGCAGGAUUUGUUCUCAUAUACAACUUUGUUCUUCUUCCACCAGUAUAUAAACUUUAAAAUAUCUUUGAUAAUUUGGGACUUUAGUCACAACUUUCCUGCCAGAGACAAUACUAUACAACUGGUCCAAUGAUGAAAUAGGUUGAGAAUAUGUCCUCUGGCUCUGUUCCUUUUGAUGACUCCUGUCUAAUGUAGACCAACAUGUAAGUAUGUGGAGUUCUCACUGUUAGGCUCCAAGACAGCAAAAACAUUUGAAUAAAUUCUACUGCUCUUUAUGAGAUUAAACAGUCAUCAAGCUUCAACCUUUAUCUCUAAAACUCAUGACAUGCAUUCAUUAAACUGCCAUGAGGUAUAUUUUUUCAGUCCUUGUGUAAACAUAAGCUCAUUUUAAAAAUGAGACAGAUCUUUAUCUGUGUUUGCAGAACAAAUGCCAUGGAAUUGCAGCUAUUGGAAAACUGUCCUUAGUCCAGCUUUCAAAGUACAGUACAUCAGUACUUUUCAUAGAAUUAGACAUGAAAGAUACUUAGUAGAUGUUCAGUCAAUUGCCAAAGUGAUGCAUGAUCAUGAUCUACAUAAGCCAUCUGGUUUUUGCCUAUUAGUACUGAUGAAAACAUGUUGCCGAUUCUUUCUUUGUUUGCUUAUAAGGCAUUUUUGGAAUAAGAUCUUCCAUAUCAAGUGUGUGAAGUGGCACAAGGGGAAUGUAAACAAGAUUAGGAAUCUAGCCAAUAAAAGCUAAU